CUUUCCUUCGUACUUUCAUCGACGUUUCUUUCAUGUCUUCCUGUUCUCACCUAGAUCAACUGGCGCGCCUUCAACCGCCGCGACUAUCCCAGUUUGUUCACCGAGAAGAGUGUACGCAGUGUUUUGACUCCCAGGACGAUUCUCAAGGAAUUGAAGUUUGCUUGACAUGCUUUAACGGCGGCUGUCUCGAUCCUGAACGGCGUCACGCUCUUCUGCAUGUCUCGAAGCUUGGCCACCCUUUCACUCUCAACGUGAAACGCAAUUUGAAACCAUCCGCGAAACGCAAUGAGGAUGAGGAGCCACCGGCUAAAAUGACAAAGCUCUCCAUUUCAGAGGAACGUGAAGAAGACAAGUACGAUUAUCAGACGAUCGUGAAGUGCUGGCAAUGCGACAGUAGUGACGGUGCAGAGAUUCGUGAAGCGACGGAGAUCCCUCAGAUUCAAGCAUUAGUACAAGGGGUAAUGCAAACCAUGUCAUCUGCUCGGCAGUCCGAAGUCGAAGCCUGGGAAGAAGAGAUUCUCACCUGCGAGCACACUCUUACCCUGGAACAGCUUGCUACCGGUCCCAUACCCGCUUCCGGCCUCGCUCACUGCUCGUCUUGCGAUUUAAAAGAGAAUCUAUGGCUAUGUUUGACAUGUGGCUCGCUUGGCUGUGGUCGUCAUCAGCUCGGCGGUGUGGGCGGUAACGGACAUGGUUUGGCCCAUUACGAAGCUACCCAUCACCCAGUCAGCGUCAAACUUGGAACAAUUACUCCCGAAGGCGGUGCCGAUGUCUACUGCUACCAAUGCAAUGAUUCGAAGCUCGACCCGGAACUAGCCACUCAUCUUUCGACUUUCGGAAUUAAUGUUCAGACACAGACAAAAACCGAGAAGAGCAUAACGGAGCUCCAAAUCGAGCACAAUCUAAAAUAUGACUUUUCUCUUACCGACGACGACGGAAAAGCUUUCGAGCCAGUCUGCGGGCCUGGACUGACUGGUCUAAUGAACCUCGGAAACAGUUGUUAUAUGGCUUCAGUCCUUCAAACCAUCUUCUCUCUUCCUUCAUUUCAACAGCGUUACGGCUCGCUUGCCCAGAAUCAUGCUGCAGCGUGUACACAACCUCUGCCCGCCGAUUGCCUUGAAUGUCAGAUGCACAAGGUUGCAGAUGGCCUACUGAGUGGACGAUACUCUCGUCCGGCAAAUUAUGUGGCCUCUCCCGGGGUAGAUGCGAUGGCACCUGUAUUUCAAGCCGGUAUCAAACCAACCGGGUUCAAAGCGCUCAUUGGAAAAGGACAUGAAGAGUUCUCGACUAUGAGGCAGCAAGAUUCGGAGGAGUUCUUUACGUACCUGAUUACUGCUCUACGACGAGACGGGCACAAACAUAAGGAUGGUGCUGAAGCUGAUGCGACGUCGGUGUUUGCUUACGGUAUGGAGCAAAGACUGCAGUGCAACGACUGCAAAAAGGUGAGAUACAGAGUAGAUAAUAUGGAUGUUGUUAGUGUAUCUGUUCCUACCGUGGAGAAGGGCAAGGACGCCGAUGGAAAGACGCUCUAUGAGGAGGUCCAGCUGUGGAAAUGCUUGGAGUUGCUACUUGGUAUCGAUGCUCUUAAAUACACUUGCCCGUCUUGUCAAAAAUCUGUCCAUGCUCUCAGACAAAGCAAAUUUGCCUCUUUCCCUGAUGUUCUCGUUGUUCAAGCCAAAAAGUUCCAACUGGUGGACUGGGUUCCGGCGAAACUUGACAUACCCGUUCUACUACCUGUUGGAGAUGAGCUCCAUUUCACGGACAAUCAGUUGGGGCAUGGAUUGCAAGCUGAUGAAAUCGCAUUACCGGAGAAUGAAACUUCACCCGCAGCACUACCACACUUCAACGAGGCUGCGAUGGCGCAACUGGAAACGAUGGGUUUCCCGGUUAUUCGUUGUCAGAAGGCGUUGCUUGCUACUGGAAACAGCGACCUUGAAGCUGCUAUGGAAUGGUUGUUUGGCCACAUGGAGGACCCAGAUAUCGAUGAGCCUAUCCAGCCAGCCUCAUCUUCUGCCUCCGAUUUUGAGCCGUCUCCCGAGCAGGUUAGCGUGCUCUCGGAUAUGGGUUUCACUCCAGCCCAAGCGAGGAAAUCUCUUCGGGAAACCGAAGGCAACGUCGAACGAGCGGUAGAAUGGCUAUUUAACCAUCUCGACGACACUGGCGAAGAUAGUACGCCGGUGACCGCUACGCCCUCAGAGCCGGUGAUUGGCGGGUCGAAGACGGUCCCAGUGAUUUACAAGCUGAAGGCUUUCAUCUCUCACAAGGGACCUUCAGUGCAUUCCGGUCAUUACGUGGCACAUAUCAAGGUCGGGGACCAAUGGGUGCUGUUCAAUGAUGAGAAGGUUGUCAAAGCCGAUGAUGAAAGUGUGAAGGACUUGAAGAAACUGGCGUAUCUGUAUAUUUUUGAGAGAGUCUGAUCCCAGUUUGCUUUCUUUGUACGAUAGGUUGAAAGAGGAAAUAAUCACAAGAAUGAAUGAAUGUAUUUUAAAGU